CGUUCCCUCACUCUUCCACGACGCCUGCUUCCCUUUCUGGCAUUCAACAUGGCGUCGGCCGAGAGUCCCUAUCUUAUACUCCCGGGCUCUUUAGCCUUCUGUGAUUUCCGCCUCAAACGCCUUGCCCAAGCCAUUGGCGCAAAGGAAGUUCGCGCGCUAUGGGUCCAUUUCGUGAAUCCUCUGAAAGAGCUGGACGGGAACGAAUUGAACACGCUGGAGCAGAUACUACAUUACGGCGAAUAUCCUGAUCUCCAGGACCGUCUUUCCCAAACUUUAGUCGACGCAGUCCACCGCAAUGGCGAGCCGAGAGACAACGAUACGGCCAUGUUCUACAUUUGCCCUCGGCCCGGCACAAUUUCGCCGUGGAGCUCGCUGGCCACCAUGAUCGCGCGGACUUGCACGCUCGAGAACUCGGUAAAGCGCAUCGAACGCGGCAUGGUUAUCGCAGCCACCUUCGAGAAGACACCAGAAGCUGACUCGAUUCCGAACGGAGACGCGCUCCACGAUCGAAUGACGCAGACCAUAAGCCGUCAAGCCCCGAAUCUAGACCUCAUUUUCAGCGAGCACGAGCCUGCACAAGCGACGACCAUAAGUUUCGACGAGUAUAGCAGCCCUCAGGCUGCGCUGGAACACGCGAAUCAAGAGCUUGGGCUGGCGAUGGACAAAUCGGAGAUUGAAUAUCUGGUAGAGGCCUAUACACAGGAGUUGAAGAGAGGGCCGGUCGAUGUCGAGCUGUUCAUGUUUGCUCAGGUCAACUCCGAGCACUGCAGGCACAAGCAGUUCAAUGCGGACUUCACAAUUGAUGGGAUGCGGAAGGGCUAUUCACUAUUCGGCAUGAUUCGAAACACCCAUCAGAAACAUCCGCAGCACGUGGUGAGUGCGUAUAGCGACAAUGCGGCCGUUCUUAAGGGAGAGGACGCAAGCUUCUGGUCGCCCAGCCCGAUCACCGGCGAGUGGCACGGAACUAAAGAGACGGUGCAUAUACUGUGCAAAGUAGAGACACACAAUCACCCAACGGCCGUGUCGCCCUUUCCGGGUGCUGCGACAGGUUCAGGCGGCGAGAUAAGAGACGAAGGUGCCGUAGGGCGUGGUUCGAAACCAAAGGCUGGUCUGGCCGGCUUCACCGUAUCCGAUCUUCUGAUCCCAGGAUUCCAUCGCCCUUGGGAACUGCGAGAUGUGGGGAAGCCACCGCAUAUUGCGAGUAGUUUGGACAUUAUGAUCGAAGCGCCCAUCGGCAGCGCUGCGUUCAACAACGAGUUCGGUCGACCUUGUACCAUCGGCUACUUCAGGACACUGCUCAUGCGGGUUUUCACGAAUGAGAAAGAAACAGAAGUUCGAGGCUACCACAAGCCCAUCAUGAUCGCUGGUGGCGUUGGAAAUGUCAGGCCACAACACGCGCUCAAGGAUCCUAAUAUUGUGCCGCCUGGCUCACAUCUACUGGUAAUAGGCGGACCAGCUAUGCUAAUUGGGCUUGGCGGCGGUGCAGCGUCGAGUGUUCAGUCUGGAGAGGGAAAGGUGGAGCUUGAUUUCGCGAGCGUGCAGAGAGGCAACCCCGAGGUCCAGCGAAGAGCUCAGGAGGUUAUUGACACAUGUCGCUCUAUGGGCGAGAAGAAUCCGAUUCUUUUCAUUCAUGAUGUUGGAGCCGGCGGACUUUCAAAUGCGUUGCCGGAGCUCGUCCAUGACUCCGGCCUAGGUGCCGUUUUCGAACUACGAGAGGUCGAUAGUGCCGAUCGGGGAAUGAGUCCUCUGCAGAUAUGGUGUAACGAGUCUCAAGAACGGUACGUGCUGGCGGUUGGUCCCGAUGAUCUGGAACUCUUUAAGCGCAUCUGCAACCGAGAACGAUGCGGAUACUCCGUCGUAGGCAUUGCCACCCGGGAGCAGCGCCUUGUCCUCACGGACAGAGAGAACAAAGAAACCUCGAGACCGAUCGACCUACCUAUGCCGAUCCUUUUUGGAAAGCCACCAAAGAUGUCCCGCAUCGUCAACUCGCGGAGGCUUAGAUUGCCUGCAUUUGACAGUAGCCUUUCGAUGUAUCUUCCGGGAGUACCAAGGGAUGGACUGCUACAAGAGGCUGUGGACCGAGUGCUUACGCUCCCUGCUGUUGGCUCCAAGUCCUUCUUAAUCACAAUCGGCGAUCGUACUGUUGGUGGCUUGACAGUUCGUGACCAAAUGGUUGGGAAGUGGCAGGUGCCCGUCUCAGACGUAUCGGUAACGGCUACAUCUUUGAUGUCUGGCGUCAGGACCGGAGAGGCAAUGGCCAUAGGAGAAAAGCCUACACUUGCGCUUAUCUCCCCAGCCGCUUCCGCACGCAUGGCUGUUGCGGAAUCGCUCAUGAAUCUGGCUGCGGCGAGCACUUUUGACAGGCUGUCAAGAGUCAGGCUUUCAGCAAACUGGAUGUCCGCCAGCAGCCACCCCGGCGAAGGUGCUGCCUUGUACGAGGCCGUGGAAGCGAUAGGAAUGGAUCUGUGUCCUCGACUAGGUAUCUCAAUACCCGUAGGAAAGGACUCCAUGAGCAUGAAGAUGAAAUGGACCGAUCGGGAAACGAAAGAGGGCAAAGAAGUGACAGCACCCAUGUCACUGGUCAUCACAGCAUUCGCACCAGUUGACCGGAUCGACCGAACCUGGACUCCUGCUCUCGAGCGCUUGGAGGAUGUUGGCGAGACCAUCUUAAUGCUUGUGGACCUCGCAGCGGGAAAAAAGAACAUGGGCGGCUCUGCUCUAGCACAGACAUUUGGUCAGGUGGGCGAUGAAGCGCCCGAUGUCUACGACCCCGAUAUCAUCAAGGACUACUAUGACGCCGUCGAGCAACUCCACGAAUCUGGAAUUGUGCUGGCAUACCACGAUCGAUCUGACGGAGGCCUCUUCACAACAUUAGUAGAGAUGAUGUUUGCUGGACGAUGCGGGCUAGAGAUCAUGCUCGACGGCAUUUCGCGAUCUGGCGACACCAAGGACAUCAUCGAGACGCUAUUCAACGAGGAGCUGGGCGCUGUCUUCCAGGUGAGAAAGAAGGAUGAGGUCCACUUUAAGAGCUGCUUUGCGACAUGCGGCCCGCCACCCGGCAUGAUCAAGAAGAUUGGACGCGUACCGGAAGCGCACAAGCAGGAGAUUUCAUUUGCAUUCGGCUCGAAAGUCAUCUACAGGAACUCGCGAAGAGCACUGCAGCAGCAAUGGGCGGUUACUUCGCAUCAGAUACAGCGGCUGCGCGACAACCCCGCCUGUGCCGAUGCGGAAUUCGAAAAUAUUGUGGACGAUAAAGACCCCGGUUUAUAUUACAGCCUCACCUACAAUCCCAAGGACCACAUUCUCCCGUUCAAGGCGACCAUUUCCUCGGCCUUUACUUCGAAACCCAGAGUAGCUAUUCUAAGAGAAGAGGGCGUGAACGGCCAGGCCGAAAUGGCCUUCGCCUUCCACAUGGCCGGUUUCUCCGCCAUCGACGUCCACAUGACAGACAUCAUUUCCGAACGCGUCUCGCUCGCAGGCUUCGUUGGUCUUGCUGCCUGCGGCGGCUUCUCGUACGGCGACGUCCUCGGAGCUGGUCAAGGCUGGGCGAAAUCCGUCCUGCUACAUCCCAACACGCGCAAAGAGUUCCAGACAUUCUUUGAACGGCCCGAUACCUUUACGCUCGGUGUCUGCAACGGCUGCCAGUUCCUGUCCAAGUUGAAGGAGCUGAUCCCUGGUGCAGACCUCUGGCCCAGCUUUGAAAGGAACGAGAGCGAACAAUACGAGGCCCGCGUCUGCAUGGUUGAGGUCAUGGACCCCAAGACAAAUUCCCAGCCACCUUCCGUCUUCCUCCACAGCAUGCACGGCAGUACCCUUCCUAUCGUGACCGCGCACGGCGAAGGCCGCGCACACUUCCCUCCCUCGCUUACAUCUUCUCACAACCCUGAAACUCUUCUCAACGAAGGCAUGGUUUCACUCCGGUAUAUCGACAACUAUGCCAAGCCGACGGAGCAAUAUCCGUUCAAUCCGAAUGGCAGUCCGAAGGGGAUUACGGGCGUGAGGAGUAAGGAUGGAAGGGUGCUCGCGCUUAUGCCGCAUCCCGAGCGCACCGUGUUGAGGGAGGUGGGUUGGCUAGGAUGGGGUUAGACUAGUUGAUGGCGAUAGAUUAGGGGACCUGCGUGCAUUGGGCGAUGUGCUGGCGUAGGGUGGGGUCUGCUAGAUUCGGAUUUGCUUUGUGGUGUAGCCGUCUACAGGACUAAACACAAAUUAUGUACUCUCAAUCGGU